AGGGAUUGGCAGAGAGGGAUGGAGGACACUGAGUGGAGGCCAGUGGAGGGAUUGGCAGAGAGGGGUGGAGGACACUGAGUGGAGGCCAGUGGAGGGAUUGGCAGAGAGGGGUGGAGGACACUGAAUGGAGAGGGGUGGAGGACACCGAGUGGAAGUCAGUGGAGGGAUUGGCAGAGAGGGGUGGAGGACACCGAGUGGAGGCCAGUGGAGGGAUUGGCAGAGAUGGGUGGAGGACACCGAGUGGAGGCCAGUGGAGGGAUUGGCAGAGAGGGAUGGAGGACACAGAGUGGAGGUCAGUGGAGGGAUUGGCAGAGAGGGCUGGAGGACACCGAGUGGAGGUCAGUGGAGGGAUUGGCAGAGAGGGGUGGAGGACACCGAGUGGAGGUCAGUGGAGGGAUUGGCAGAGAGGGGUGGAGGACACUGAGAGGAGGCCAGUGGAGGGAUUGGCAGAGAGGGGUGGAGGACACUGAGUGGAGGCCAGUGGAGGGAUUGGCAGAGAGGGGUGGCAGA